UGUUUGCUGCAGAACCAAUGCUGGCCCCCACGUGUGCUUUCCCAACCUUCCCAAAUCCUCUUCCCCCUUUCCAAGGAUGCCCUUCUCCAUUUUUUCCAAGCCAAGCCCCCUCCAAAACCCCCCUUACUCCCAUCCCCAGCUCCUCCAGGGUGAGGAUCUUGCCCCGAUUUUUGGCAGGGAUCCCUUUCCCCAUCCUUGGUGAAGACCCCCAGCGUGUGUAGACCCAUUCUGCCAACCCAUGGGCACCCGUGCAGAUAUUUUGGGCAUCACCUGCUCUCCCCUGUCCCACCCCAGGAUCAUCUCUAGCUCUGCCCACCCCGAGCGCUGGGGUGAUGGGAAGGGAAACGCCUUUCCCUCGCGCGGAGGAAAAUGAAAGUCGGUGGCUCGCGGUGGUUUGCACCGGGGGCCCCAUGGCUGCACCCAGCCCUGUCGCCAAGCUCCCCAGCGAAGCCUCCUGCCCAAUCUGCCUGGAAUAUUUCCGAGACCCCGUCUCCAUCCACUGCGGUCACAAUUUCUGCCGGGCGUGCAUCACCCGCUGCUGGGAGUGGUCCACGGCGAAUUUCUCCUGCCCUCAGUGCAAAGAGACGGCCCCGGAGAGAAGCUUUCGUCCCAGCCGGGAGCUGGCAAGGGUCCUCGAAAUAGCCAAGAGGUUGAGUUUGCAGGCAGCCAGAGGGGAGGCGGUGGAGGAGGAAGGAUGCGAGAGGCACCGGGAGCCUCUGAACGUCUUCUGCAAAGACGACGAAACCUUCAUCUGCAUGAUCUGCCGGGAGUCCCGGGUGCACCGGACUCACACCAUGCUUCCUGUGCAGGAGGCUGUCCAGGAAUACAAGGGACAAAUCCAAGCCCAUCUGCAAACACUGAAGGAAGACAGAGACAGACUCCUGGGCUUUCGAGAGGCUGAAAUGAGGAGAAACUGGGAGUAUUUAGAGAAGACAGAGGCCGAACGGCAGAAGGUUUUGGGCACGUUUGAAGGGCUGCGUCUCUUCCUGGAGGACCAGGCACGUUACCUGCUGGCUCAGCUGGCGGAGCUGGAGAGGGCCGUGGAGAAAAUGCAGGAAGAAAACAUCACCAACCUGACAAAGGAGAUCUCUCACCUGGAUACCCUGAUCCAGGAGAUGGAGGAGAAGUGCCAGGAGCCAGCAAGUAAAUUUCUGCAGGAUAUCAGAGGCACCUUGAGCAGGUUUGGAAAGGAAAACUUCCAGCAGCCCACGCUGCUUCUUCCAGAGCUGGAAAAUAAAAUCAGUCACUUCAGGGAGAAAAAUAUUGCUCUAGAGGAGACUCUGGGGAACUUCAAAGACAUCCUGAUGUUUGAGCUGCCUGAAAAGAUGAAUGUGACCCUGGAUCCAUCCACGGCUCACCCCCAGCUCGCCGUGUCGGAGGACAGGAGGAGCGUAAGGUGGGAAGAUGCGCAGCAGGAUGCACCUGAUGAGGGAUUUGGCCCCGAUCCCUCCGUGCUGGGCUGCGAGGGCAUCACCUCAGGGAGAUGUUGCUGGGAGGUGGAGGUGACACCCAAAGGCUCCUGGGCUGUUGGUGUGGCCAGGGAGUCUUUGAAGAGGAGAGAAGAGACCCCUGUGAGCCCUGAGGUUGAGCUGUGGUCUAUGGGUCUGUGUGAGGACCAGUUUUGGGCUCUCACCUCCUUUGAGCGCACGCCGUUAUCCCAAAUCCAGGUCCCCAGAAGGGUCCGGAUCACCCUGGACUAUGAGAGGGGUCAGGUGGCGUUUUUUGAUGUUGAUAGGAAGGCCUUGAUCUUCAUUUUCUCAGCAGCCUCAUUCAAAGGGGACAGUGUUCACCCCUGGUUCUUGGUGUGGAGUGAGGGGUCUCAGAUCACGUUGUGUCCCUGAAGCUCUCCCUUCUUACCCAAACACAAAUUUUAUGUCCCCAACACCCCCAUUCCUAGCACUUUGGAGGACUCCUACCACAUUCCUAGCUGGCCUUUCUGGCCUCUUUUCUGGCCUUCUCAAUGACCCCAAAGGGCUAGGUGUCUCUGUGGGCUGCUAUCCCAAACUGUAAUUGCCAGAUUGGGGUAUCGGUGGCUGACAGAUGGAGCCACAUCUGCCCCAAAACUUCUUGCACCAGACUGGUAGCUUCUCCAGUCUUAAGGUUUCAGAUGAAGUAAAAAGGUUUACAUGCUGUGA